AACAACCUCAAUGCUGCUUUCAGGUUCUGGACGACAGCUGAGACCGGCUGAGCCUCCAGGAGAUGCUGAUGCUGAAGCAGAUAGAGAAGACGAAGAUUCUGUUAAUGAAGUGGCAGUAGAAGACAUACGUCCAAGGCCACAAGGAUCCUCCCCAGUUUAUGAAUAUUCCAUAGAAGAAGAAUAUUUAAAGCUUCAAGAAGAAAACAAAAAAUAUUCUACAGACAAAGCAAAACAGAGUCAUCCACAGGAGACAAUGGAAGUGACCCUGAAAACAGAAGUGGAAGCUGGUGCUAGUGGUUUUAGUGUGAUGGGUGGAGGAAAUGAAGGAAUAUUUAUUAAAAAAGUACUUAAGGAAUCUCCUGCUUCAAAAAUAUUUAGUCUGAGAGAAGGUGAUCAGCUUCUAAGUGCUACAAUAUUUUUUGAUAAUAUCAAAUAUGAAGACGCACUCAAGAUUCUCCAAUAUUCUGAGCCAUACAGAGUCCAAUUCAGCCUCAAAAGAAAAAUUGCUGGGAAAGAAGAGCUAGAACAUAUUCACUCUACAGUCCAGUACAAGAAGGAAAGAGUAAGUCAGGAAAAAGAACUCAGUGAGAGCAUUCCUGAAGAAACACUGCAUUACUCAGGAAAAACCAUUUCAGAAGAAGACAGGGAAACAUUAAUUGUAAGUCAAAGGGUAGGAAGAAGCAAGAGACCUAAAAAAGAUAGAUUAUCAUGGCCAAAAUUCCAGUCAAUCAAAAAUAAAAAGAUACUGGGCCACAGAAGAUCUCAUAGUACAUCAGAUGCAUAUGAGCCUGCUAUACAGGAUAUUUCCCCUACAAGCACAGACACAGAGUCUCAAUUUCAACAAGAAGUUCAUAUCAAAGAAAAAAAAGGAAGCCAAAAGAAACUGAAGUUCCCUAGCAUUGGAUUCAAAAUGCACAGAUCCAAACCUGAACCACAAGACAAGCAAAAAAAAGAAAUAAAAACUACACUGUUACCUGAAAAAGAGAAAAUACAUAAAGAAGAUAUCAGCCUGGAAAAUCCUGAAAUCCUGACUGUUGAAUAUACCACAUCUCCUGCUUAUGAAAUUAGAACAGGGGAGGUACAUGAAACGUUAACAAAAGACUUAAAAGAUAUAAAAAAUGGCAUUCCAUCUCAUACCAAAAAAUGCCCUGAAGUUGAAAUAAGAAUUAAAAAAGAAAAAGACAAGGAAUCAACAUCAAAAAUUACUGUAUCUGACAUACCAGCUAUAACAGCAAAGGUAUCGAAGCCCAGUAUGGAAACAACUGACCUGAAAGAAAGCCCAACUAAACAAAUGCCACCAGUCUCAUCAAAAUCCCGAAAAAAGAAACAGAAAGGAACAGCAGAUAAAACAGAAGGGGAAAGUGGAAUUAACAUAGAUAUGACGGGUCACACAGCUCAAGGAUCUAUACAGGUAAAAGGUCUAGAAAUUGGCACUGCUAAAGCAGAGUUACAUACAACAUCUGACGCACUGGAAACAGGGGAAAAACAAACCAAAGAAGAUACACAAAUACUAACAAUUCAGAAAACAAAAUUCGGGAUUUCAGUGCCCAAAAGAAAAGAGCCAGAGACUGAACACACCAAAAUGGAAAGUCAUGUUCCACAUUCAGUACCAGAAAAAACAGCUGAUAUGAGUUCAGAGGAUGGCAGGAAUUUGGACCUGAAUCCUAACAUGCCUGAUGAAGAAUCAGAAGUAUCUACUUGGAAAAUACAAAUGCCAAAAUUCAAAAUGGACAAAACACCUAAAGCUGAACUGAAAAUAUUGAGAGAGGAAAGCACAGCUGAAUCUGUAGAUAUUGUAAAAAAGGCACAGAUAGAAGAAGACAGUCUGUCCACAAGUGAUAAAACCUUUAAGAUGAACAUUGGCAUAAAGACAGGAGAAAAGGAUAUGGAGGGAACAGAAAGCAAAUUCAGACUUCCAAAGUUUAAAUUACCUACAUUUACUUGGGCAACAACAAAGGAUCAGACAGGGCAAACUGAAGAUCAGGAAAGUGACAGGGAAGGAGAAGUACCAGCACUAGAAGCAAGUGCAAAACAAGAAAGGAGUGUAUUACCAGAAGAAAUGAAGGUUACAAAUGAGGAAAUUGAAAUAGGGAUCUCGAAAGGAAAAAUAAAUGCAGAAGAUAUAGCACAAAUAUCUCAAGGCCAGAUGCCAAGCCAAAAAACUCUAACUAUAAAACCGUGCAAAACAGAGAAUAUUUUGGAAGAGACAGGAGAAGAAAUGCUAAUUAGAAAAAGUAAUGUAAACAUAACAAAGGGAGAUAUCAGUAUAGUACCACAUAAAAAAAAAGAAAAAUCUCAAUAUACCAAGGCUGACAUCAAAGCUCCCAAGGUGGACAUCAGCCUCCCGUCCGUCGACGUCACCCUUCCAAAGGCCAGCGUCGACGUGCAGGCACCCGAGGCGGCCCUCACCCUCGAAGGGGAAACCAAAGCCCCGGAGAAGGAGGCCGCGAAGACCAAGGACGGCAAGUUCAAGAUGCCCAAGUUCGGCAUGCCUUCCUUUGGCUGGUCCAGCAGCAGAGAGGCCAAGGGCACUGUGGCCGCUGAUGUGGACGUCAGCCUCAAGGAGCCCCAAGUGACAGUGCCAUCGGGAGCUGCCGAAGUCGAUGUGACCCUGCCCGGGGCCGACACCCAAGCGCCUGGCGUGGAGGUGGCCCUGGAGACAGCCGCCGCAGGAGACGGCGAGAAAGGUCGAUUCAAGAUGCCCAGCGUCAAGCUGCCCGACGUCAAGCUGCCCAAAGUCAAAGGUCCCCACGUGCAGGUCAGCCUGCCAAAGGCCGAGGUCGCGCUGCCCGAAGCCCAGGCCGAAGUCCAGGGGGGCGAAGUCGCCCUGCAGGGCCCCGACGUCGAAGGCGGCCUGGAGGUGGCUGCCGGCAAAGUUGAGGGCGGCGGCAUGAAAAUACACAUGCCGAAAGUCAAGGUGCCCAGCGUGGCCUUCUCCAAGCCGACCGUCAAGGCUCCCAAACUGGAUGCAGAGGUCAGCCUGCACAAAGUCGACGCCAGCCUCCCGGAGGCAGACCUCAAGGCCGGCACUGGUGACAUCAGCAUCGCGGCCCCCGACAUCAAGCUGCCCUCCGUCGAAGGCUCCCUCGAGCUCCAGGCGCCCGAGAUAGACCUCAAAGGGCCUACAGCCGAAGGCUCCCUCGACGGGGCCGAGCUGGAAGCCACGGGCCUGAAAGGGAAGUUUAAGAUGCCCAAGUUCGACAAGCCCAAAUUUGGAGUGUCGCUCCCCAAGGCGGAAGGGCCCGAAGGCGAGAUCAGCCUGCCCACCGCACAGGUCGACCUUCCCUCUGCCACCGUGACGGCUGCAGUGGAGGGCCCCACGCUGGGCCUCAAAACCGAAGGGGCUGGCUGGAAGCUGGAGAAGCCCUCCCUCAAAAUGCCCAAAGCUGACAUCAAAGCUCCCAAGGUGGACAUCAGCCUCCCGUCCGUCGACGUCACCCUUCCAAAGGCCAGCGUCGACGUGCAGGCACCCGAGGCGGCCCUCACCCUCGAAGGGGAAGCCAAAGCCCCGGAGAAGGAGGCCGCGAAGACCAAGGACGGCAAGUUCAAGAUGCCCAAGUUCGGCAUGCCUUCCUUUGGCUGGUCCAGCAGCAGAGAGGCCAAGGGCACUGUGGCCGCUGAUGUGGACGUCAGCCUCAAGGAGCCCCAAGUGACAGUGCCAUCGGGAGCUGCCAAAGUCGAUGUGACCCUGCCCGGGGCCGACAUCCAAGCGCCCGGCGUGGAGGUGGCCCUGGAGACAGCCGCCGCAGGAGACGGCGAGAAAGGUCGAUUCAAGAUGCCCAGCGUCAAGCUGCCCGACGUCAAGCUGCCCAAAGUCAAAGGUCCCCACGUGCAGGUCAGCCUGCCAAAGGCCGAGGUCGCGCUGCCCGAAGCCCAGGCCGAAGUCCAGGGGGGCGAAGUCGCCCUGCAGGGCCCCGACGUCGAAGGCGGCCUGGAGGUGGCUGCCGGCAAAGUUGAGGGCGGCGGCAUGAAAAUACACAUGCCGAAAGUCAAGGUGCCCAGCGUGGCCUUCUCCAAGCCGACCGUCAAGGCUCCCAAACUGGAUGCAGAGGUCAGCCUGCACAAAGUCGACGCCAGCCUCCCGGAGGCAGACCUCAAGGCCGGCACUGGCGACAUCAGCAUCGCGGCCCCCGACAUCAAGCUGCCCUCCGUCGAAGGCUCCCUCGAGCUCCAGGCGCCCGAGAUAGACCUCAAAGGGCCUACAGCCGAAGGCUCCCUCGACGGGGCCGAGCUGGAAGCCACGGGCCUGAAAGGGAAGUUUAAGAUGCCCAAGUUCGACAAGCCCAAAUUUGGAGUGUCGCUCCCCAAGGCGGAAGGGCCCGAAGGCGAGAUCAGCCUGCCCACCGCACAGGUCGACCUUCCCUCUGCCACCGUGACGGCUGCAGUGGAGGGCCCCACGCUGGGCCUCAAAGCCGACGUCCCCGGCACCAAAACCGAAGGGGCUGGCUGGAAGCUGGAGAAGCCCUCCCUCAAAAUGCCCAAAGCUGACAUCAAAGCUCCCAAGGUGGACAUCAGCCUCCCGUCCGUCGACGUCACCCUUCCAAAGGCCAGCGUCGACGUGCAGGCACCCGAGGCGGCCCUCACCCUCGAAGGGGAAGCCAAAGCCCCGGAGAAGGAGGCCGCGAAGACCAAGGACGGCAAGUUCAAGAUGCCCAAGUUCGGCAUGCCUUCCUUUGGCUGGUCCAGCAGCAGAGAGGCCAAGGGCACUGUGGCCGCUGAUGUGGACGUCAGCCUCAAGGAGCCCCAAGUGACAGUGCCAUUGGGAGCUGCCAAAGUCGAUGUGACCCUGCCCGGGGCCGACAUCCAAGCGCCCGGCGUGGAGGUGGCCCUGGAGACAGCCGCCGCAGGAGACGGCGAGAAAGGUCGAUUCAAGAUGCCCAGCGUCAAGCUGCCCGACGUCAAGCUGCCCAAAGUCAAAGGUCCCCACGUGCAGGUCAGCCUGCCAAAGGCCGAGGUCGCGCUGCCCGAAGCCCAGGCCGAAGUCCAGGGGGGCGAAGUCGCCCUGCAGGGCCCCGACGUCGAAGGCGGCCUGGAGGUGGCUGCCGGCAAAGUUGAGGGCGGCGGCAUGAAAAUACACAUGCCGAAAGUCAAGGUGCCCAGCGUGGCCUUCUCCAAGCCGACCGUCAAGGCUCCCAAACUGGAUGCAGAGGUCAGCCUGCACAAAGUCGACGCCAGCCUCCCGGAGGCAGACCUCAAGGCCGGCACUGGCGACAUCAGCAUCGCGGCCCCCGACAUCAAGCUGCCCUCCGUCGAAGGCUCCCUCGAGCUCCAGGCGCCCGAGAUAGACCUCAAAGGGCCUACAGCCGAAGGCUCCCUCGACGGGGCCGAGCUGGAAGCCACGGGCCUGAAAGGGAAGUUUAAGAUGCCCAAGUUCGACAAGCCCAAAUUUGGAGUGUCGCUCCCCAAGGCGGAAGGGCCCGAAGGCGAGAUCAGCCUGCCCACCGCACAGGUCGACCUUCCCUCUGCCACCGUGACGGCUGCAGCGGAGGGCCCCACGCUGGGCCUCAAAACCGAAGGGGCUGGCUGGAAGCUGGAGAAGCCCUCCCUCAAAAUGCCCAAAGCUGACAUCAAAGCUCCCAAGGUGGACAUCAGCCUCCCGUCCGUCGACGUCACCCUUCCAAAGGCCAGCGUCGACGUGCAGGCACCCGAGGCGGCCCUCACCCUCGAAGGGGAAGCCAAAGCCCCGGAGAAGGAGGCCGCGAAGACCAAGGACGGCAAGUUCAAGAUGCCCAAGUUCGGCAUGCCUUCCUUUGGCUGGUCCAGCAGCAGAGAGGCCAAGGGCACUGUGGCCGCUGAUGUGGACGUCAGCCUCAAGGAGCCCCAAGUGACAGUGCCAUCGGGAGCUGCCGAAGUCGAUGUGACCCUGCCCGGGGCCGACACCCAAGCACCCGGCGUGGAGGUGGCCCUGGAGACAGCCGCCGCAGGAGACGGCGAGAAAGGUCGAUUCAAGAUGCCCAGCGUCAAGCUGCCCGACGUCAAGCUGCCCAAAGUCAAAGGUCCCCACGUGCAGGUCAGCCUGCCAAAGGCCGAGGUCGUGCUGCCCGAAGCCCAGGCCGAAGUCCAGGGGGGCGAAGUCGCCCUGCAGGGCCCCGACGUCGAAGGCGGCCUGGAGGUGGCUGCCGGCAAAGUUGAGGGCGGCGGCAUGAAAAUACACAUGCCGAAAGUCAAGGUGCCCAGCGUGGCCUUCUCCAAGCCGACCGUCAAGGCUCCCAAACUGGAUGCAGAGGUCAGCCUGCACAAAGUCGACGCCAGCCUCCCGGAGGCAGACCUCAAGGCCGGCACUGGCGACAUCAGCAUCGCGGCCCCCGACAUCAAGCUGCCCUCCGUCGAAGGCUCCCUCGAGCUCCAGGCGCCUGAGAUAGACCUCAAAGGGCCUACAGCCGAAGGCUCCCUCGACGGGGCCGAGCUGGAAGCCACGGGCCUGAAAGGGAAGUUUAAGAUGCCCAAGUUCGACAAGCCCAAAUUUGGAGUGUCGCUCCCCAAGGCGGAAGGGCCCGAAGGCGAGAUCAGCCUGCCCACCGCACAGGUCGACCUUCCCUCUGCCACCGUGACGGCUGCAGUGGAGGGCCCCACGCUGGGCCUCAAAGCCGACGUCCCCGGCACCAAAACCGAAGGGGCUGGCUGGAAGCUGGAGAAGCCCUCCCUCAAAAUGCCCAAAGCUGACAUCAAAGCUCCCAAGGUGGACAUCAGCCUCCCGUCCGUCGACGUCACCCUUCCAAAGGCCAGCGUCGACGUGCAGGCACCCGAGGCGGCCCUCACCCUCGAAGGGGAAGCCAAAGCCCCGGAGAAGGAGGCCGCGAAGACCAAGGACGGCAAGUUCAAGAUGCCCAAGUUCGGCAUGCCUUCCUUUGGCUGGUCCAGCAGCAGAGAGGCCAAGGGCACUGUGGCCGCUGAUGUGGACGUCAGCCUCAAGGAGCCCCAAGUGACAGUGCCAUUGGGAGCUGCCAAAGUCGAUGUGACCCUGCCCGGGGCCGACACCCAAGCGCCCGGCGUGGAGGUGGCCCUGGAGACAGCCGCCGCAGGAGACGGCGAGAAAGGUCGAUUCAAGAUGCCCAGCGUCAAGCUGCCCGACGUCAAGCUGCCCAAAGUCAAAGGUCCCCACGUGCAGGUCAGCCUGCCAAAGGCCGAGGUCGCGCUGCCCGAAGCCCAGGCCGAAGUCCAGGGGGGCGAAGUCGCCCUGCAGGGCCCCGACGUCGAAGGCGGCCUGGAGGUGGCUGCCGGCAAAGUUGAGGGCGGCGGCAUGAAAAUACACAUGCCGAAAGUCAAGGUGCCCAGCGUGGCCUUCUCCAAGCCGACCGUCAAGGCUCCCAAACUGGAUGCAGAGGUCAGCCUGCACAAAGUCGACGCCAGCCUCCCGGAGGCAGACCUCAAGGCCGGCACUGGCGACAUCAGCAUCGCGGCCCCCGACAUCAAGCUGCCCUCCGUCGAAGGCUCCCUCGAGCUCCAGGCGCCCGAGAUAGACCUCAAAGGGCCUACAGCCGAAGGCUCCCUCGACGGGGCCGAGCUGGAAGCCACGGGCCUGAAAGGGAAGUUUAAGAUGCCCAAGUUCGACAAGCCCAAAUUUGGAGUGUCGCUCCCCAAGGCGGAAGGGCCCGAAGGCGAGAUCAGCCUGCCCACCGCACAGGUCGACCUUCCCUCUGCCACCGUGACGGCUGCAGUGGAGGGCCCCACGCUGGGCCUCAAAGCCGACGUCCCCGGCGCCAAAACCGAAGGGGCUGGCUGGAAGCUGGAGAAGCCCUCCCUCAAAAUGCCCAAAGCUGACAUCAAAGCUCCCAAGGUGGACAUCAGCCUCCCGUCCGUCGACGUCACCCUUCCAAAGGCCAGCGUCGACGUGCAGGCACCCGAGGCGGCCCUCACCCUCGAAGGGGAAGCCAAAGCCCCGGAGAAGGAGGCCGCGAAGACCAAGGACGGCAAGUUCAAGAUGCCCAAGUUCGGCAUGCCUUCCUUUGGCUGGUCCAGCAGCAGAGAGGCCAAGGGCACUGUGGCCGCUGAUGUGGACGUCAGCCUCAAGGAGCCCCAAGUGACAGUGCCAUCGGGAGCUGCCGAAGUCGAUGUGACCCUGCCCGGGGCCGACAUCCAAGCGCCCGGCGUGGAGGUGGCCCUGGAGACAGCCGCCGCAGGAGACGGCGAGAAAGGUCGAUUCAAGAUGCCCAGCGUCAAGCUGCCCGACGUCAAGCUGCCCAAAGUCAAAGGUCCCCACGUGCAGGUCAGCCUGCCAAAGGCCGAGGUCGCGCUGCCCGAAGCCCAGGCCGAAGUCCAGGGGGGCGAAGUCGCCCUGCAGGGCCCCGACGUCGAAGGCGGCCUGGAGGUGGCUGCCGGCAAAGUUGAGGGCGGCGGCAUGAAAAUACACAUGCCGAAAGUCAAGGUGCCCAGCGUGGCCUUCUCCAAGCCGACCGUCAAGGCUCCCAAACUGGAUGCAGAGGUCAGCCUGCACAAAGUCGACGCCAGCCUCCCGGAGGCAGACCUCAAGGCCGGCACUGGCGACAUCAGCAUCGCGGCCCCCGACAUCAAGCUGCCCUCCGUCGAAGGCUCCCUCGAGCUCCAGGCGCCCGAGAUAGACCUCAAAGGGCCUACAGCCGAAGGCUCCCUCGACGGGGCCGAGCUGGAAGCCACGGGCCUGAAAGGGAAGUUUAAGAUGCCCAAGUUCGACAAGCCCAAAUUUGGAGUGUCGCUCCCCAAGGCGGAAGGGCCCGAAGGCGAGAUCAGCCUGCCCACCGCACAGGUCGACCUUCCCUCUGCCACCGUGACGGCUGCAGCGGAGGGCCCUACGCUGGGCCUCAAAACCGAAGGGGCUGGCUGGAAGCUGGAGAAGCCCUCCCUCAAAAUGCCCAAAGCUGACAUCAAAGCUCCCAAGGUGGACAUCAGCCUCCCGUCCGUCGACGUCACCCUUCCAAAGGCCAGCGUCGACGUGCAGGCACCCGAGGCGGCCCUCACCAUUGAAGGGGAAGCCAAAGCCCCGGAGAAGGAGGCCGCGAAGACCAAGGACGGCAAGUUCAAGAUGCCCAAGUUCGGCAUGCCUUCCUUUGGCUGGUCCAGCAGCAGAGAGGCCAAGGGCACUGUGGCCGCUGAUGUGGACGUCAGCCUCAAGGAGCCCCAAGUGACAGUGCCAUCGGGAGCUGCCGAAGUCGAUGUGACCCUGCCCGGGGCCGACACCCAAGCACCUGGCGUGGAGGUGGCCCUGGAGACAGCCGCCGCAGGAGACGGCGAGAAAGGUCGAUUCAAGAUGCCCAGCGUCAAGCUGCCCGACGUCAAGCUGCCCAAAGUCAAAGGUCCCCACGUGCAGGUCAGCCUGCCAAAGGCCGAGGUCGCGCUGCCCGAAGCCCAGGCCGAAGUCCAGGGGGGCGAAGUCGCCCUGCAGGGCCCCGACGUCGAAGGCGGCCUGGAGGUGGCUGCCGGCAAAGUUGAGGGCGGCGGCAUGAAAAUACACAUGCCGAAAGUCAAGGUGCCCAGCGUGGCCUUCUCCAAGCCGACCGUCAAGGCUCCCAAACUGGAUGCAGAGGUCAGCCUGCACAAAGUCGACGCCAGCCUCCCGGAGGCAGACCUCAAGGCCGGCACUGGUGACAUCAGCAUCGCGGCCCCCGACAUCAAGCUGCCCUCCGUCGAAGGCUCCCUCGAGCUCCAGGCGCCCGAGAUAGACCUUAAAGGGCCUACAGCCGAAGGCUCCCUCGACGGGGCCGAGCUGGAAGCCACGGGCCUGAAAGGGAAGUUUAUGAUGCCCAAGUUCGACAAGCCCAAAUUUGGAGUGUCGCUCCCCAAGGCGGAAGGGCCCGAAGGUGAGAUCAGCCUGCCCACCGCACAGGUCGACCUUCCCUCUGCCACCGUGAUGGCUGCAGUGGAGGGCCCCACGCUGGGCCUCAAAGCCGACGUCCCCGGCGCCAAAACCGAAGGGGCUGGCUGGAAGCUGGAGAAGCCCUCCCUCAAAAUGCCCAAAGCUGACAUCAAAGCUCCCAAGGUGGACAUCAGCCUCCCGUCCGUCGACGUCACCCUUCCAAAGGCCAGCGUCGACGUGCAGGCACCCGAGGCGGCCCUCACCCUCGAAGGGGAAGCCAAAGCCCCGGAGAAGGAGGCCGCGAAGACCAAGGACGGCAAGUUCAAGAUGCCCAAGUUCGGCAUGCCUUCCUUUGGCUGGUCCAGCAGCAGAGAGGCCAAGGGCACUGUGGCCGCUGAUGUGGACGUCAGCCUCAAGGAGCCCCAAGUGACAGUGCCAUCGGGAGCUGCCAAAGUCGAUGUGACCCUGCCCGGGGCCGACAUCCAAGCGCCCGGCGUGGAGGUGGCCCUGGAGACAGCCGCCGCAGGAGACGGCGAGAAAGGUCGAUUCAAGAUGCCCAGCGUCAAGCUGCCCGACGUCAAGCUGCCCAAAGUCAAAGGUCCCCACGUGCAGGUCAGCCUGCCAAAGGCCGAGGUCGCGCUGCCCGAAGCCCAGGCCGAAGUCCAGGGGGGCGAAGUCGCCCUGCAGGGCCCCGACGUCGAAGGCGGCCUGGAGGUGGCUGCCGGCAAAGUUGAGGGCGGCGGCAUGAAAAUACACAUGCCGAAAGUCAAGGUGCCCAGCGUGGCCUUCUCCAAGCCGACCGUCAAGGCUCCCAAACUGGAUGCAGAGGUCAGCCUGCACAAAGUCGACGCCAGCCUCCCGGAGGCAGACCUCAAGGCCGGCACUGGUGACAUCAGCAUCGCGGCCCCCGACAUCAAGCUGCCCUCCGUCGAAGGCUCCCUCGAGCUCCAGGCGCCCGAGAUAGACCUUAAAGGGCCUACAGCCGAAGGCUCCCUCGACGGGGCCGAGCUGGAAGCCACGGGCCUGAAAGGGAAGUUUAUGAUGCCCAAGUUCGACAAGCCCAAAUUUGGAGUGUCGCUCCCCAAGGCGGAAGGGCCCGAAGGUGAGAUCAGCCUGCCCACCGCACAGGUCGACCUUCCCUCUGCCACCGUGAUGGCUGCAGUGGAGGGCCCCACGCUGGGCCUCAAAGCCGACGUCCCCGGCGCCAAAACCGAAGGGGCUGGCUGGAAGCUGGAGAAGCCCUCCCUCAAAAUGCCCAAAGCUGACAUCAAAGCUCCCAAGGUGGACAUCAGCCUCCCGUCCGUCGACGUCACCCUUCCAAAGGCCAGCGUCGACGUGCAGGCACCCGAGGCGGCCCUCACCCUCGAAGGGGAAGCCAAAGCCCCGGAGAAGGAGGCCGCGAAGACCAAGGACGGCAAGUUCAAGAUGCCCAAGUUCGGCAUGCCUUCCUUUGGCUGGUCCAGCAGCAGAGAGGCCAAGGGCACUGUGGCCGCUGAUGUGGACGUCAGCCUCAAGGAGCCCCAAGUGACAGUGCCAUCGGGAGCUGCCAAAGUCGAUGUGACCCUGCCCGGGGCCGACAUCCAAGCGCCCGGCGUGGAGGUGGCCCUGGAGACAGCCGCCGCAGGAGACGGCGAGAAAGGUCGAUUCAAGAUGCCCAGCGUCAAGCUGCCCGACGUCAAGCUGCCCAAAGUCAAAGGUCCCCACGUGCAGGUCAGCCUGCCAAAGGCCGAGGUCGCGCUGCCCGAAGCCCAGGCCGAAGUCCAGGGGGGCGAAGUCGCCCUGCAGGGCCCCGACGUCGAAGGCGGCCUGGAGGUGGCUGCCGGCAAAGUUGAGGGCGGCGGCAUGAAAAUACACAUGCCGAAAGUCAAGGUGCCCAGCGUGGCCUUCUCCAAGCCGACCGUCAAGGCUCCCAAACUGGAUGCAGAGGUCAGCCUGCACAAAGUCGACGCCAGCCUCCCGGAGGCAGACCUCAAGGCCGGCACUGGCGACAUCAGCAUCGCGGCCCCCGACAUCAAGCUGCCCUCCGUCGAAGUCUCCCUCGAGCUCCAGGCGCCCGAGAUAGACCUCAAAGGGCCUACAGCCGAAGGCUCCCUCGACGGGGCCGAGCUGGAAGCCACGGGCCUGAAAGGGAAGUUUAAGAUGCCCAAGUUCGACAAGCCCAAAUUUGGAGUGUCGCUCCCCAAGGCGGAAGGGCCCGAAGGCGAGAUCAGCCUGCCCACCGCACAGGUCGACCUUCCCUCUGCCACCGUGACGGCUGCAGCGGAGGGCCCCACGCUGGGCCUCAAAACUGAAGGGGCUGGCUGGAAGCUGGAGAAGCCCUCCCUCAAAAUGCCCAAAGCUGACAUCAAAGCUCCCAAGGUGGACAUCAGCCUCCCGUCCGUCGACGUCACCCUUCCAAAGGCCAGCGUCGACGUGCAGGCACCCGAGGCGGCCCUCACCAUUGAAGGGGAAGCCAAAGCCCCGGAGAAGGAGGCCGCGAAGACCAAGGACGGCAAGUUCAAGAUGCCCAAGUUCGGCAUGCCUUCCUUUGGCUGGUCCAGCAGCAGAGAGGCCAAGGGCACUGUGGCCGCUGAUGUGGACGUCAGCCUCAAGGAGCCCCAAGUGACAGUGCCAUCGGGAGCUGCCGAAGUCGAUGUGACCCUGCCCGGGGCCGACACCCAAGCACCCGGCGUGGAGGUGGCCCUGGAGACAGCCGCCGCAGGAGACGGCGAGAAAGGUCGAUUCAAGAUGCCCAGCGUCAAGCUGCCCGACGUCAAGCUGCCCAAAGUCAAAGGUCCCCACGUGCAGGUCAGCCUGCCAAAGGCCGAGGUCGCGCUGCCCGAAGCCCAGGCCGAAGUCCAGGGGGGCGAAGUCGCCCUGCAGGGCCCCGACGUCGAAGGCGGCCUGGAGGUGGCUGCCGGCAAAGUUGAGGGCGGCGGCAUGAAAAUACACAUGCCGAAAGUCAAGGUGCCCAGCGUGGCCUUCUCCAAGCCGACCGUCAAGGCUCCCAAACUGGAUGCAGAGGUCAGCCUGCACAAAGUCGACGCCAGCCUCCCGGAGGCAGACCUCAAGGCCGGCACUGGCGACAUCAGCAUCGCGGCCCCCGACAUCAAGCUGCCCUCCGUCGAAGGCUCCCUCGAGCUCCAGGCGCCCGAGAUAGACCUUAAAGGGCCUACAGCCGAAGGCUCCCUCGACGGGGCCGAGCUGGAAGCCACGGGCCUGAAAGGGAAGUUUAUGAUGCCCAAGUUCGACAAGCCCAAAUUUGGAGUGUCGCUCCCCAAGGCGGAAGGGCCCGAAGGUGAGAUCAGCCUGCCCACCGCACAGGUCGACCUUCCCUCUGCCACCGUGACGGCUGCAGUGGAGGGCCCCACGCUGGGCCUCAAAGCCGACGUCCCCGGCGCCAAAACCGAAGGGGCUGGCUGGAAGCUGGAGAAGCCCUCCCUCAAAAUGCCCAAAGCUGACAUCAAAGCUCCCAAGGUGGACAUCAGCCUCCCAUCCGUCGACGUCACCCUUCCAAAGGCCAGCGUCGACGUGCAGGCACCCGAGGCGGCCCUCACCCUCGAAGGGGAAGCCAAAGCCCCGGAGAAGGAGGCCGCGAAGACCAAGGACGGCAAGUUCAAGAUGCCCAAGUUCGGCAUGCCUUCCUUUGGCUGGUCCAGCAGCAGAGAGGCCAAGGGCACUGUGGCCGCUGAUGUGGACGUCAGCCUCAAGGAGCCCCAAGUGACAGUGCCAUCGGGAGCUGCCGAAGUCGAUGUGACCCUGCCCGGGGCCGACACCCAAGCGCCCGGCGUGGAGGUGGCCCUGGAGACAGCCGCCGCAGGAGACGGCGAGAAAGGUCGAUUCAAGAUGCCCAGCGUCAAGCUGCCCGACGUCAAGCUGCCCAAAGUCAAAGGUCCCCACGUGCAGGUCAGCCUGCCAAAGGCCGAGGUCGCGCUGCCCGAAGCCCAGGCCGAAGUCCAGGGGGGCGAAGUCGCCCUGCAGGGCCCCGACGUCGAAGGCGGCCUGGAGGUGGCUGCCGGCAAAGUUGAGGGCGGCGGCAUGAAAAUACACAUGCCGAAAGUCAAGGUGCCCAGCGUGGCCUUCUCCAAGCCGACCGUCAAGGCUCCCAAACUGGAUGCAGAGGUCAGCCUGCACAAAGUCGACGCCAGCCUCCCGGAGGCAGACCUCAAGGCCGGCACUGGCGACAUCAGCAUCGCGGCCCCCGACAUCAAGCUGCCCUCCGUCGAAGGCUCCCUCGAGCUCCAGGCGCCCGAGAUAGACCUCAAAGGGCCUACAGCCGAAGGCUCCCUCGACGGGGCCGAGCUGGAAGCCACGGGCCUGAAAGGGAAGUUUAAGAUGCCCAAGUUCGACAAGCCCAAAUUUGGAGUGUCGCUCCCCAAGGCGGAAGGGCCCGAAGGCGAGAUCAGCCUGCCCACCGCACAGGUCGACCUUCCCUCUGCCACCGUGACGGCUGCAGCGGAGGGCCCCACGCUGGGCCUCAAAACUGAAGGGGGCCCCACGCUGGGCCUCAAAACUGAAGGGGCUGGCUGGAAGCUGGAGAAGCCCUCCCUCAAAAUGCCCAAAGCUGACAUCAAAGCUCCCAAGGUGGACAUCAGCCUCCCGUCCGUCGACGUCACCCUUCCAAAGGCCAGCGUCGACGUGCAGGCACCCGAGGCGGCCCUCACCAUUGAAGGGGAAGCCAAAGCCCCGGAGAAGGAGGCCGCGAAGACCAAGGACGGCAAGUUCAAGAUGCCCAAGUUCGGCAUGCCUUCCUUUGGCUGGUCCAGCAGCAGAGAGGCCAAGGGCACUGUGGCCGCUGAUGUGGACGUCAGCCUCAAGGAGCCCCAAGUGACAGUGCCAUCGGGAGCUGCCGAAGUCGAUGUGACCCUGCCCGGGGCCGACACCCAAGCGCCUGGCGUGGAGGUGGCCCUGGAGACAGCCGCCGCAGGAGACGGCGAGAAAGGUCGAUUCAAGAUGCCCAGCGUCAAGCUGCCCGACGUCAAGCUGCCCAAAGUCAAAGGUCCCCACGUGCAGGUCAGCCUGCCAAAGGCCGAGGUCGCGCUGCCCGAAGCCCAGGCCGAAGUCCAGGGGGGCGAAGUCGCCCUGCAGGGCCCCGACGUCGAAGGCGGCCUGGAGGUGGCUGCCGGCAAAGUUGAGGGCGGCGGCAUGAAAAUACACAUGCCGAAAGUCAAGGUGCCCAGCGUGGCCUUCUCCAAGCCGACCGUCAAGGCUCCCAAACUGGAUGCAGAGGUCAGCCUGCACAAAGUCGACGCCAGCCUCCCGGAGGCAGACCUCAAGGCCGGCACUGGCGACAUCAGCAUCGCGGCCCCCGACAUCAAGCUGCCCUCCGUCGAAGGCUCCCUCGAGCUCCAGGCGCCCGAGAUAGACCUUAAAGGGCCUACAGCCGAAGGCUCCCUCGACGGGGCCGAGCUGGAAGCCACGGGCCUGAAAGGGAAGUUUAUGAUGCCCAAGUUCGACAAGCCCAAAUUUGGAGUGUCGCUCCCCAAGGCGGAAGGGCCCGAAGGUGAGAUCAGCCUGCCCACCGCACAGGUCGACCUUCCCUCUGCCACCGUGACGGCUGCAGUGGAGGGCCCCACGCUGGGCCUCAAAGCCGACGUCCCCGGCGCCAAAACCGAAGGGGCUGGCUGGAAGCUGGAGAAGCCCUCCCUCAAAAUGCCCAAAGCUGACAUCAAAGCUCCCAAGGUGGACAUCAGCCUCCCGUCCGUCGACGUCACCCUUCCAAAGGCCAGCGUCGACGUGCAGGCACCCGAGGCGGCCCUCACCCUCGAAGGGGAAGCCAAAGCCCCGGAGAAGGAGGCCGCGAAGACCAAGGACGGCAAGUUCAAGAUGCCCAAGUUCGGCAUGCCUUCCUUUGGCUGGUCCAGCAGCAGAGAGGCCAAGGGCACUGUGGCCGCUGAUGUGGACGUCAGCCUCAAGGAGCCCCAAGUGACAGUGCCAUCGGGAGCUGCCGAAGUCGAUGUGACCCUGCCCGGGGCCGACACCCAAGCGCCCGGCGUGGAGGUGGCCCUGGAGACAGCCGCCGCAGGAGACGGCGAGAAAGGUCGAUUCAAGAUGCCCAGCGUCAAGCUGCCCGACGUCAAGCUGCCCAAAGUCAAAGGUCCCCACGUGCAGGUCAGCCUGCCAAAGGCCGAGGUCGCGCUGCCCGAAGCCCAGGCCGAAGUCCAGGGGGGCGAAGUCGCCCUGCAGGGCCCCGACGUCGAAGGCGGCCUGGAGGUGGCUGCCGGCAAAGUUGAGGGCGGCGGCAUGAAAAUACACAUGCCGAAAGUCAAGGUGCCCAGCGUGGCCUUCUCCAAGCCGACCGUCAAGGCUCCCAAACUGGAUGCAGAGGUCAGCCUGCACAAAGUCGACGCCAGCCUCCCGGAGGCAGACCUCAAGGCCGGCACUGGCGACAUCAGCAUCGCGGCCCCCGACAUCAAGCUGCCCUCCGUCGAAGGCUCCCUCGAGCUCCAGGCGCCCGAGAUAGACCUCAAAGGGCCUACAGCCGAAGGCUCCCUCGACGGGGCCGAGCUGGAAGCCACGGGCCUGAAAGGGAAGUUUAAGAUGCCCAAGUUCGACAAGCCCAAAUUUGGAGUGUCGCUCCCCAAGGCGGAAGGGCCCGAAGGCGAGAUCAGCCUGCCCACCGCACAGGUCGACCUUCCCUCUGCCACCGUGACGGCUGCAGCGGAGGGCCCCACGCUGGGCCUCAAAACCGAAGGGGCUGGCUGGAAGCUGGAGAAGCCCUCCCUCAAAAUGCCCAAAGCUGACAUCAAAGCUCCCAAGGUGGACAUCAGCCUCCCGUCCGUCGACGUCACCCUUCCAAAGGCCAGCGUCGACGUGCAGGCACCCGAGGCGGCCCUCACCCUCGAAGGGGAAGCCAAAGCCCCGGAGAAGGAGGCCGCGAAGACCAAGGACGGCAAGUUCAAGAUGCCCAAGUUCGGCAUGCCUUCCUUUGGCUGGUCCAGCAGCAGAGAGGCCAAGGGCACUGUGGCCGCUGAUGUGGACGUCAGCCUCAAGGAGCCCCAAGUGACAGUGCCAUCGGGAGCUGCCGAAGUCGAUGUGACCCUGCCCGGGGCCGACACCCAAGCGCCUGGCGUGGAGGUGGCCCUGGAGACAGCCGCCGCAGGAGACGGCGAGAAAGGUCGAUUCAAGAUGCCCAGCGUCAAGCUGCCCGACGUCAAGCUGCCCAAAGUCAAAGGUCCCCACGUGCAGGUCAGCCUGCCAAAGGCCGAGGUCGCGCUGCCCGAAGCCCAGGCCGAAGUCCAGGGGGGCGAAGUCGCCCUGCAGGGCCCCGACGUCGAAGGCGGCCUGGAGGUGGCUGCCGGCAAAGUUGAGGGCGGCGGCAUGAAAAUACACAUGCCGAAAGUCAAGGUGCCCAGCGUGGCCUUCUCCAAGCCGACCGUCAAGGCUCCCAAACUGGAUGCAGAGGUCAGCCUGCACAAAGUCGACGCCAGCCUCCCGGAGGCAGACCUCAAGGCCGGCACUGGCGACAUCAGCAUCGCGGCCCCCGACAUCAAGCUGCCCUCCGUCGAAGGCUCCCUCGAGCUCCAGGCGCCCGAGAUAGACCUUAAAGGGCCUACAGCCGAAGGCUCCCUCGACGGGGCCGAGCUGGAAGCCACGGGCCUGAAAGGGAAGUUUAUGAUGCCCAAGUUCGACAAGCCCAAAUUUGGAGUGUCGCUCCCCAAGGCGGAAGGGCCCGAAGGCGAGAUCAGCCUGCCCACCGCACAGGUCGACCUUCCCUCUGCCACCGUGACGGCUGCAGUGGAGGGCCCCACGCUGGGCCUCAAAGCCGACGUCCCCGGCGCCAAAACCGAAGGGGCUGGCUGGAAGCUGGAGAAGCCCUCCCUCAAAAUGCCCAAAGCUGACAUCAAAGCUCCCAAGGUGGACAUCAGCCUCCCGUCCGUCGACGUCACCCUUCCAAAGGCCAGCGUCGACGUGCAGGCACCCGAGGCGGCCCUCACCAUUGAAGGGGAAGCCAAAGCCCCGGAGAAGGAGGCCGCGAAGACCAAGGACGGCAAGUUCAAGAUGCCCAAGUUCGGCAUGCCUUCCUUUGGCUGGUCCAGCAGCAGAGAGGCCAAGGGCACUGUGGCCGCUGAUGUGGACGUCAGCCUCAAGGAGCCCCAAGUGACAGUGCCAUCGGGAGCUGCCGAAGUCGAUGUGACCCUGCCCGGGGCCGACACCCAAGCGCCUGGCGUGGAGGUGGCCCUGGAGACAGCCGCCGCAGGAGACGGCGAGAAAGGUCGAUUCAAGAUGCCCAGCGUCAAGCUGCCCGACGUCAAGCUGCCCAAAGUCAAAGGUCCCCACGUGCAGGUCAGCCUGCCAAAGGCCGAGGUCGCGCUGCCCGAAGCCCAGGCCGAAGUCCAGGGGGGCGAAGUCGCCCUGCAGGGCCCCGACGUCGAAGGCGGCCUGGAGGUGGCUGCCGGCAAAGUUGAGGGCGGCGGCAUGAAAAUACACAUGCCGAAAGUCAAGGUGCCCAGCGUGGCCUUCUCCAAGCCGACCGUCAAGGCUCCCAAACUGGAUGCAGAGGUCAGCCUGCACAAAGUCGACGCCAGCCUCCCGGAGGCAGACCUCAAGGCCGGCACUGGUGACAUCAGCAUCGCGGCCCCCGACAUCAAGCUGCCCUCCGUCGAAGGCUCCCUCGAGCUCCAGGCGCCCGAGAUAGACCUUAAAGGGCCUACAGCCGAAGGCUCCCUCGACGGGGCCGAGCUGGAAGCCACGGGCCUGAAAGGGAAGUUUAAGAUGCCCAAGUUCGACAAGCCCAAAUUUGGAGUGUCGCUCCCCAAGGCGGAAGGGCCCGAAGGCGAGAUCAGCCUGCCCACCGCACAGGUCGACCUUCCCUCUGCCACCGUGACGGCUGCAGCGGAGGGCCCCACGCUGGGCCUCAAAACCGAAGGGGCUGGCUGGAAGCUGGAGAAGCCCUCCCUCAAAAUGCCCAAAGCUGACAUCAAAGCUCCCAAGGUGGACAUCAGCCUCCCGUCCGUCGACGUCACCCUUCCAAAGGCCAGCGUCGACGUGCAGGCACCCGAGGCGGCCCUCACCCUCGAAGGGGAAACCAAAGCCUCGGAGAAGGAGGCCGCGAAGACCAAGGACAGCAAGUUCAAGAUGCCCAAGUUCGGCAUGCCUUCCUUUGGCUGGUCCAGCAGCAGAGAGGCCAAGGGCACUGUGGCCGCUGAUGUGGACGUCAGCCUCAAGGAGCCCCAAGUGACAGUGCCAUCGGGAGCUGCCGAAGUCGAUGUGACCCUGCCCGGGGCCGACAUCCAAACAUCUGCUGUUGAAGUUGGAAUUGAUUCCUCACCUUUAAAAGAGGAUGAAAUUGGUAAAUCUAAAAGUUCCCUAUUUAAAAUGCCUAAGGUUUCUCUUUCUAAAAGUUUUAAACCUCACGGACAGGGUAAAUCUGGAGGUGAAUUUUCUGUAGCAGAAGCUGUUUGUUAUUCUGUAACAGAGGAAACCCCUGCUGUUCUUACAGGCAGCGCUGGAUCUAAAAUUCUUCCUGAUAGUAAGGGGGAUAGUGUCUCUAAAAAUACUAAAUUCCGAAUUCCUAGCCUUGGUUUCUCUAAAGUUGAUAUUGUUUCUUCUAAAAGUGAACAGGAUUCCUCUUUACCAAAGUGGGACAUUACUCUUACUAAAUACCAAAUUAAUAUAGCAGAAUCUGAAUCAAAAAUAUCAUCUAUUGCUGAUGAAAAUCUUCCAGGAACAGAUUUUCAGUUUUUAAAUGAAGAUGGUUCUUUGGAGCAAGGCAGUCUGAAGCCUGGAGGGAAAACAACAGCUGCGGAAACGUCUGUGGGUGACACAGUCUUUACAGUUAAAAUUCCUAAAUUCAGAAAACCAAAAUUUGGAAUUACUAGGUCUAAGGGAAAACCAUCAGAAAGUGACAUUGGUUCCAAAUCUGAAUCUGAAAUUUCUAAGGGAAGGAUAACAUCUGAUAUGACUGAUGCUGAUGCUGAAAUACCGACUAAGGUCUCUGAUGCUGAAGUUGUUGUAGAUGCACCAACGCUGGAUGUCAGUCUCCCAUCAAUGACAUUGAAAUCAGCUGCUGCUAAUGCUAGCCUCUCCACCUCAGAUAUCAAGAUGAUAACUGAAGGCUCCCUUGAGGUGAAGAGUCCUGACACAACUGUUGAAAGAACGUCAAGUGAAAUUGCUGUGGGCGAUGUAGAAAUAAAAAUUGAAGGUCCUGAAGUUAAAACAAAAAUGUCCAAAUUCCAAAUGCCAAAAUUUGGAAUUGCACAUUCUAAAGGGAAAGUGUCAGAAAAAGUCAGCCAAUCCAAAUCAGAAGUCAAGUCUCCCCAGUUAAAAGCAACAGUAGAAAUAGCUGAUAUUGCUAUUGAAGCCCCGAAUUUGGAUAUGGAAUGUGGUACAGGAAAAGAAACUUACAGCUCUGAAGUCAAAAUGAUCAAAGCUGACAAUAAGGCAUCAGAGGCUGAUGUUCACCUCCCAACAGCUGACAUUUCUAUUCCAAAAUCAGACAGCAAUAUUCAUGAUUCAGACGCAGCACUAAAAAUCAAAGGGGAAAUAAAGCAAGAUGGAGAUGGAGAAGAGAAAGAAGGACAUUUCAAAAUGCCAAAAUUCAAACUUCCAUCCUUCAGUUGGUCACCAAAGAAGGAAGCAAGUGUUAAACUGGAUUCCGUAGCAAGUUUGGAAGAUCAGAAACUUGCUGUAAUGUCAAGCAGAACAGACACAGAAGUGAGAGGAACUGCAACUGAUGAUCAAGGUACUGGGCCAGCCCUUGAUCUGGAAAUAUCUGCAGGAAAAGUUGAACAAAAAAGCCCAAUUAAAAAACCUCAAUUUGUCAUGCCUAAAAUUUCACUUUCCAAGAUCAAGGUUCCCAAAUCUCAGACCCAUUCAGCAAAAGUUGAAGCUGAUGCUACUAUUCCUAAAACAGAAGGAAAGGGUGAUGAUUCAAUACAGAUACCUGAUAUAGAAAGAAGUCAUUCCGAAAGGACAGAAGAAGGGGCACAAAUAAGCAUAAAACUGGCAGAUGUUAAGAUCCCCACUCUGGGGUUUUCUAAAAUAGAAACUGGAGCCUCCCAAACUGAAACAGGAGUCAGCUCAGCAAAGACUGAUGCUGCUCUGCCUCCCUCAGAGGGGAGUUUUCAACAGGUUGUCCUAAAAUCAAGUUCUGCCGAUGAAGAUACCAUACAAAAAACAAGUAUUAGGUUCCCCAAAGGAGAACCUUCAGUUGAACUGAGGAGCCCUGAAACAGUAACAGAAAAAACAUCAGCUGUGGAUGGAAGAAACAUGAAAUUGGAAGGUCCUGAAGGGAAAAUCAAAAUGCCUGAAUUCCAGAAGCCAAAAUUUGGAAUCUCCCUAACAAAAGGGAAAGGCCCAGAGACAGAGAUUACCUCUCCAAAAAUAGAAGCUGAGCUACCCCAGCUAAAAAUGACAAAUGAAUUUGCUGACAUUGCUGUGGGAGUUCCAGCAUCAGAACUUACACCUGAUAUGUCAGAUCCUGGAGUAGGUGUUUGUAAGAUAAAAACACCCCAAGUUCUGACAGCUGAUAUUGAAACUCCAAAGGUAGACAUAAGCCCCCAGUCAGUGUAUAAAACAGUGACAGAGGGAGCUAUUGAAAGCCUUGAAGAGAAAGAAAGCAAAUUGAAAGAACAUGAAAUAAAAGCUGAAGAAGUUCCAACUGAAGAACAUCAGGGAUGGUUUAAAAUGCCAAAAUUCAGAAUACCUGCAUUUGGCAGGGCAUCCUUAAAGGAAAAAAAAGGUGAUGCUGACACUGAAAGAAGUAUGGAAAAAGCUCAAGCAGGCAUUUCCUCUGCCAAAGUACAAACUGAAGUAAGUGUUGCUGAAAAUACCUUCUCAUUACCACACCCAGUUGCUGAAAUUACUAUUGGAAAAGAAGGGAUUCAAAAAUUAGGAGAUUCUGUGAAGAGUUCUGAUGUUAGCUUGACAAAGAUGGAAGGAGAUAUUUUAUUAUCCACAGAAGGAUCAGACAGUAGAGUGAAUAUUCCAAAAACUGAAACUUACGCAGACAUAGUUAGGCACGGUGCUGAAGGACACAAAAUGCAUACUUCAGAAUUCACAGUGUCUUCAACAGAAUUGUCUAAAUCAUACUUAAGUGCUUCAGAAAUUGUCAAAGGCGACAGUUCAACAACUAGGUUUCCUACAGGUACUGUGACACUUCAAGAGCAUAAAGUCAAAUCACAGGAUAUAGAAUUCCCAAAGGUAGAAAGUUCCACUAAGUUGGAGACUUCAGGAGUAGGAUUGAAACCACCAUCAGCUGAAAUUACUCUGGAUGCACUACAGGAGAAAAUAGAUGUUAGUCUUCCAAAGGAAGAGCUAGAUAUUCAGAACCAAGAGGCAGUAAUUAAAAAAGAAAAGAUAAAGGGUGAGAUUAAGAUUAUGGGAAAAGACAGUGAAGGGAGCAAAUUAAAAAGGGCUACGUAUGCAUGGUCUACAACAAAGGGAUCAGAAGAUGGUGCUUAUGUUAUAGCUAAGCUGGAAGAUCUAAAAGUAGAAGUUCCAAGAGUGAAGAUGGAUGUGAAAAUUACUAGACUAGAUCCAGAAAUGAAAUUUCAAGUGAAAAGUGUUGAAAAGGACAUGUCUGCAGGGGUGGAAGUGCAAGUAGAAGACAGAGCAGAAACAAGUAAAAUUAAACCAUACAAGCUUGAGAUUCCAAAGUUUGGAUUGUUGUGUUCAGAAAUCCAGGGGUUUGAAGACGGUAUCAAUUUGCCAAAGUCAGAAGCUGAUUCAGCAUCUAAAACUGAAACAGGCACAGCAGAAAUGCAGUUUCAAAAAACAGAAGGAUCUAUUGGCCUAGAUCAUAUGGAAGAAUCUACCAGAACAGUGGAAACAAUGCAAAAAUCACAAGGUGGCCCAGAAGUCAAUCUUAAAAUUCCUAAACUAAAAAUACCAAAAUUCACUUUCAAAGCUCUUCCAACUGAAGCUGAUGUUUCAGUGUCAAAAGUGGUAAUGGAUCCAAAGGGAUCUAGUACUGACAUUGAAGUAGUGCAACUGCAAGCAAGCUCUGCUAUCCCUGAAGAAACACCAGUGGCUCUAGAGGGUAGUAUUCAAAAAGCAAAAAGCAAAAUUCUAACACUGACUGAACCUGACAUUAAAACAGCACAGAUGACUACUACCAUAGAGUCUGUCCUUUCAGAUGCGGGGCAAGACAUUCAUUGGUCAUAUGUAGAGGGCCAAGAAGUGAGUGAGAAAGUAGAACCUGAACAUGUUGCUAUUGAAAGGUGUGAGAUUUACACUACUGAAAUACUGAAAGAAUCAGAGAUUCUCUCAUCAGAAGUCAAAACUCCUACUUUAGGAUUCUCAUUGCUCAAGGUGAAGUUGCCUGAAUCACACAGUAACUUAGAAGUGCUAGUCCAGGAGCCAUCUUUUACAGAAAGUGAAUCAGUGAGCAAACCUAAAUGUGCUGAUGAAAGCUUUGGAGUAGCACCACAGAGGACUGGCACUAUUGAGCUUAAAUUAUCUGACAAACCACACAGUGAGACUGAAGAACCUAGUGGAGAAGUAAGAUUGCCAAAGGUAAAAACAUUUGCUGUUGAAGUAAAGCCUUCCAGUAAAUUUGAAGAGGGUCUUCCUGAUAAGUCACCAGAAGAAGUAACUGCGGGUCCUCUCCCUAAAAAGGAGGGUGUAGCUGAAGCACUAGAAGAUGAAGAAAAAGACAUAACCAAUGAAAAAGAAAAAACUGAUAGUAAAAGAUCUCCUGGAAGAUUCAAAUUUUGGCUUCCAAGUAUUGGCUUUUCAUCUUCUGGUGAUGAAGCAAGCACAGAUUCAAAAACAGAAGUAAAAAAAUCACUUCCAGAAGAUGUAAAACCUGCUGAUGCAUCAGAUAUUGAUUCUUCUAAGCAAGCUGAAAAAACUGGAUGGUUUAGAUUUCCCAAGCUUGGUUUCACAUCUCCUUCCAAAAAGGCUAAGACUGUUGACAAAGAAGAGAUGGGUCAUAAAGAGGGAAGAAUCUCAGAUGAAGACAGCCCAUCAGAUAAACCUGAUGUAUUUUUUGAUGCACAAGAAAGCUUAUCACCUAAAGAAACAACAGAGGGUGGAAAAGUUGAAAUUGAUGGGGCCUCAUCAAAUGUUCCAGUUUCUAAAACUAUUGUGACGUCUUCAGCAAGAACUGAACUAAUCUUACUGGAGAAAGAAAAAGAUAGUCAAUCUAAUAUUCCCAGGGAGACAACCAAAUGAAGAUUGUCUUUUCUCAACCCUCAAUGAAAAUGAAAUAAUCUACAUGUACAGAAAAUAAUGUUUUCUUAAUUUUUCCAGUAACUGAAAAUUAAACAAACCCCAAAAUAUUCAUGAAAACAGUUUAACAGAAUUUACUACAUUUAAAUUUUCAAGUACAUGGAUGUGCUAUAACGUGCACUGAUAAAAACACUGAUUUCUUCAGAUCUGCCCCAAAGACAACAAUUACUACAGGCACAGAGGAGCCCAUCCAUGAAAACAAACCAUUGAAAGGCUCAACAACAGCAAAAAGACUUGUUAGAUAUGCUUCUCAAAACACACUGAUUAUGUUUAAUUAUAGAUUAUUUCCAGAAUGGAGUAUAAACUAGUACUAUGAGAACUAUACUUACCUGUUUAGAUUUUGGACCUUUCUGACCUACUUUUGCUUUCUUAUUAAAGUAUUUUUCUUUAUUUCAGCUAAAGUAAUAUGUAUAUUCCACAAACAUUUUAAAAUGCAAAAUAAAACCAAAAUACUAGUGUAGAAAGACUAGCACUUUACCUCUUCCUCUCUUCUCAUUUUUUUAUUAUUGUGGUGGGUCAUAUUUAGCUUUAAAAGGAUUUUAAAAAAAUCAACAGAAUAAAUUCAAUACCAAAACCCAUAUAACUAAUUCACAUUUUUAAGAUACCCAAAUGAAACAUGCUGACAAAUAAUAAUUAUUAAAAUGUGGAUAAAUAGAUUUUAAUGUAUAUAUUUACCAAAUAGUUAAAUGCACAGAAUGAUCUGCCACAGUGGCGGAAUUGCUUCAAAGAUUUUCUGGGAAAGGAGAUGUAUAUAAUUAUUUGCUUCUUUGUUUAUAUUAAUGCUUCUCUCCAGUGCACAAUGAAAACCAGAGUGCAUAUGUGACAGCCUUCACAUAUAUCAUUAAAACACCGUCUGUAUCUUAAUUCACAAUAAACUCACCAUAUGAAUAAUAA